AUGCAUAGAAGAUCUUACAGUGAAUCAGUAGCUUUAUCAAAGCAUUCAUCGAGUAAAAAAAAUGAAAAUGAGUUAAAUAACGAAUUAAAGAAAAACGAAAACAUUGGAAAAAACGAAAAAAAAUUAGAAAAUGUUGUAGUUAGAAUUAGAAAAUUAGAUAAUAAUGAAAAGUCAACAUUACAUACAGAUCCUAAUGAUAAAACUGUUUUAUAUUUUGAUAAAGAUUUUGAAAUAGAAAAAUAUAAUUUUGAUAUAGUCUUUGAUCAAAAUGAUGAUAAUAAAACUAUCUUUAAUAAAAUAGGUGGCCAUUUUAUAAUUAAUAAUGUAUGCAAUGGAUUUAAAGAAACGAUAAUUACAUAUGGGCAAACAGGUAGUGGUAAAACAUAUACCUUAUUUGGUUCAAAUAAAGAAUAUGGUAUAAUAUAUUAUUUUAUUCAUUAUUUAUAUAAAUUGCAUAAUACGAAAACUAAAAGAAAAACUAUUUAUUUAAGUAUAUAUGAAAUAUUAGGGGAUACUUUAAUUGAUCUUAUAUCAAACUUAAAUGAAAAGAAUAUAGAAUUUUAUACAGAAGAAUACUAUCUCAAAACUAUCAAAUAUUCUUAUAAAGUUGUUAAUAUCAAAAAUUAUGAAAUGGCAAAAAAACUUAUUGAUACUGCUUGCCUUUUAAGAAAUGUUGAAGCUACUUCUCAAAAUAUGAGAUCAAGCAGAUCUCAUGCAAUUAUUCAAUUUUUUGUAAACAUUUCUGAAUCAACUAUUAAUAAUGGUGUUGAAACAAUUAGAGAUUACUAUGGAGUUUUAACAUUAGUUGAUUUAGUUGGAUGUGAAAGAGAAGGAUUUAGCAGAAAUAAAAAUGAUAAAUCAUCAAGUAAAAUUUUAAAUUCGUCCCUGACUUCUCUCAAUAAAAUGUUGAGAAAAAUGCAAAUGGGCAAUUUAGAUGAAUCAGAUAAAAGACAAAGUGUCUUAUGUAAAGUUCUUUUUAAUUACAUUCAGAAAACAUGUGGUGUUUCCAUGAUUUUUUGCUUUAAUCCUAAAUUAAGCCAAAAGAGUUUAACAAGUUCAACAUUAAUCAUGGCUAGUGAUUGCAAAAAAAUAAAAAGCAAAAGAAAACAAUUGAUUUAUAUAAAGUCUCAAAAUAAAGAAAAUUUUUUUAAAAAGUUAGGAAAUGAUAAUUAUAAAAAUGACUAUAAUCAUAAUAGUAAUAUUAAUAAUUUAAAAGUUACAGAUAAUGAAAUAUAUGAGGAAAAAAAUAAGAAAAACUCUGAUUACAUAAAAAAUAAUAAAAGUAAUAUGGAAAUUGAAAAAGUUAAGAAGAUAAAAGAUUAUUGCGACCUUAAUAACACUCCAUUAUUUCUUAUAUAUGCUAAUGGUGAUAAUAAUCAUAUCAUAAAUAAUUUAAAUAAAGAAAAAGAUGAAAAAUAUACUAUUUUAAGAAACAUUGUAAAUGAUAUUAUAAAUGAGCAAAUAAUAAAAGAAGAAAAAAAAAAAUAUAUGAUUGAACAAUUAAGAAAUGAUAUUGUUAAACUAAAAAAUGAAUGUGAAUAUUGGAAAAAAGAGGCAAAUAAUUAUCAUAAUAAAUUAAAAAUAUUAAAUAAAAAUUAUUUAAAAAUUAAUGAAUUUCUUUUUAAUACGUUAAAUACUAAUCCUAUUAAUAGUUAUAACUCUUCUAAUUUUUGUAAUUUAGCCUCUUUUAAAUUUGAUGAAGAAAUAGAUAAACAACGAAAAAAUGAAAAUAUAGUAAAAAAUAACAAUUCUCUUUUUCGAAGAGAAAAAAAUGAAUAUGCAGAAAACAUUGAAAAGGGAAAUACUCUAAAGAAUCAUGAACAGAGUUCUCAUAUCCCAUUUAAAUCAAAAGAUAUUUCAAAUUCAUAUAAUUUAUCUAAUUCAAAAAAUAUUUCACAAAAAGACGUAAAUAUACACAAUCAAUAUAUAAAUGAUAAUAUGAAAAGCAAAGAGGAAACAAAAUGUUAUCAAAUAAACGAAAAUAAAUUAGAAAAGAGCAUAUCAUUUAUAAAAAACAGUUUAUCCUUUAAUGAAAAAAAAAAUUAUGAAGAAACAUUACUUGAAUCAAAUAAUCACAUGAAAAGUUCUAAACAAUUUUACACGAAAGAAUUAAUAGAUUAUACAAAUAAUCCUUCGAAAACACAAAAUUGUAAAAAAAAAAAUUCACAAAUAGAACAAGCCAAAGAAUUCAACGAUAAUAAAACUACUUUUUACAAUAAAACAGGUUCUAAUAUUCAAGAUGAUCAAAAUAACACUAAGAAUUUUUCACACAACAAAAUUAUUAAUAGAGAAAAUGAUAUAAAUGUCCAUAUAUCAAAUGAAAAUGAUCUCAUAAGUAAUUUAAAUCAAAAAAAAUCAAAUAUUUUAAAUGAAAAAAUAAAUAGAAAUUACUCAAUGAAAGAACCUAUUAUACCAUCUACAUCUUACGAUAAAAUUAAUACAGAAAAAUUUAAUAUAAAAUAUUCAGAAAAAAAAGAUACGAAAAAAAAUAUAAUGAGUUUUAUAUCAAAUAAUGACUAUAAAAAUUUAAAUAACAUCACUGUUGAUUCAUUAGCCACUAAAAUAAAAAACAGAAUGUUAAAAUCAAGAAGUUUGUCAGUUGUUCGUUAA